AGUGUGGGCGUGUCCGUCAGGUCAAGUGACCCGUUGCUUAGCACCAAUGAGGAACAGUCCACACACAUAGUGUUGCUUGUUUGUGCAACCAACAUGCUUCGUGUUCAAGCUAGACCUUCCUCUGGGGAGAGUGAAGAUAUAGAUGCAGCAGCUCGUGAUGAUUUGAUGAAACUGCAACGUCAGUUUAGAGUGACUGAAGGCUCUCGGAAGCAGUAUGCUGAUCUUGCUCAGAGCACACUCAGGAAGCAACAGGCCAUGAUUGAGUCACUCCAAGCUGAGAAUGCUGACCUCAAGAAGAACUUACGAGUGGUUGGAAGCAAGCAGAAUGAGAUCAAGGAUCAGCGUGUUACGGCUAAAUUUGAUGAGCUCAUCGAAAAACAAUCUCGCUUCCAGAGCUUUAUCAGUGAGGACGAAAGAACCAUUCAUCAGUUGGACAGGACGAUACUGGAGAAGGAGGCACUAAUUGCCAAGAAAAGGAAGAGCAUGGGAGGAGCUCUAAUGUGUGACGGCCAACACGCGAUGAACCAGAAGCAGCUGAGGGUGAAAGAGAACAGACUGGACAAGGCCUCUGUGAGAUUCAAUGGUGCCCUGGCCACCAAUGCUCAACUACGCGCCAUGAUUGACCAUUUGAGACGAGAGAGGAGCGUCUUUGAAGGUAUCAGGAAGAAACUACAAAGGGAGCUAGUUGGAUGCAAGAGAGGUAUGGGAGCAGUGAUUGAAAUGUCCAGCCAGGCUUAUGAAUCAAGGGAUGAUGCUCAAAACAAAAUGCUGGCACUGAAGGAAAAGGCUGACAAGGAGCUCACCCAGUACAACACAGAGCUCAAGGAACACAUUCGAGUGAUUGACCACAGUCGUAAGCUCAAGGAGUUCAUGUCUCGUAAGGACCAUGAGCGCACCGAGGCUCAUGAGGCCAUGGAGGCCAUGAGGCGAAGGAAAGACGCCGAGAAGAGCAAUGAGAGGGAGAGGACUGUCAUGUCUUAUGAGCAAGCCUUUGAGAAAAUCAAGGAAGCGACUGGAAUCACUGAUAUUGACCAACUAGUCACUAAGUUCAUUGAAGUUGAGGACCAGAACUUCGCUCUGUUCAACUAUGUGAACGAGCUGAAUGGUGAGAUUGAGAUGAUCCAGGAGGCCAUACAACAGAUCAAGGCCGAUAUAGAACAGUUUAAGAGCCAGGGUGUGGAGAUGGAGGAAAAGAGAAAGACUAUUUUACGUGGUCUCGAGGAAGAGCUCUCCUCUGUCACUGACAAAACUGGAUCAUUGUCUGCAAAGUUUGCGGCUGCUACUAAGGUCUUGGAGCAACUUAUGUCUGGUAUUGACUCUGUGUUCUCUAAGAUUGGCUGUGACUCGACUGCCAUCACUGAUAUGUUGGGAGGUCAUGCUGGGGUCACUGAGACCACUGUACUGCAGUACCUGGGCAUUGUGGAACAGAGGACCAACGAGCUACUACAAUUACAAGCAUUCCUACAGGCAAAGGAUUCUGAUGAUCCCAAUGACAUGACCAAGUUUCUGAUGGGCCAGAAUCAAGUUGGUGGAUUAGGUUCGUCGUCCUUUGCUUUGCCUUCAACUGGUGAUGACAAUGGAUCAGAUUCUGAUCCUGAGGAUGAGAGCAACCCUCUGUCCACUGAUGAGCUCAAGGCACGAGCUCUUAAAACUAUAACCAAACGUGAUGUGAAGAAACCUGGCACUGCCAGACAAAACUCUACACUGCCACCAACAGCUGCAUCCACCAAGAGCCGUGGGGGAACUGACAGAAGAUCCAUAGGAACUCGAUAGUAACACCAACACUCAUAAAUAAAAUUGUGAAGUGAUUAUGUAACCAUGCAUCACGCAUACUCAUAACUAAUAAUUAUAUUACACGUA